UCGCUGGAUAACACUGCCCACGCCCAGUCACACCCCAGGAUUAAAUCAUGUACAAGUUUGCCUUUCUAGUGUGCUCUGCCCUGCUGCUCAGCUAUGUCUUGGCCAGGCCGCAGGAUCAAAGAGCAGGAGCUCCUAGUGCCACCACUACGACCACAGCUGCCACUAUUGUCAAGCAGGAUAAUGUGAACAAUGCCGAUGGAAGCUUCAAUAGCAGUUAUGAAACCUCAAACGGAAUACGCGUGGAGAACAUUGGCUACCUGAAGAAGAUCAUUGUGCCCAAGACAGAGACCUCCGAUGGCCAGGUGGUGGAGGAACACGAGGAACUUGUCCUGGUCCAGACGGGUUCCUACAGCUACAGCGAUCCCGAUGGCAAUAUCAUUACACUGCGCUAUGUGGCCGAUGAGAAUGGUUUCCAGCCCGAGGGUGAUCAUCUGCCGGUGGCCCCGCAAUAAGCUCUAGUUCCCAUAAACAGUAGUAGUUCCCUCCCAAUAUAAUCAAUAAUAAUAUUUCGCUUGAAAGUAUUAUGCACUGCCUGAAUGCCAUACGAAAUUGAAAUGUCUACAGACCGUAGUUAGUCUUAAGCAAACACAACUCACACACAACACACACACAAAAAGAGAAAUAAAUAUUGGAAAC